CUUUUUUCAAACUAUUUUCGCGGCGCACCGUUUGUAUAAUCGGGAGAACGUUAGAUGAUCUAUGUUUAGCCUAAGGAAGGCGAAGGAAAUAAUGUCACUAAAUGGAAGUAGAAAUGAAAGAGGACAUGGAAAGAAAGGGACCAGAAAAAGGAGACAAUACUCCAGGGAGGCACUAGAGACAGCUGUAGAGAAAGUAAAAUCUGGAAUGAGCCUUAGAGAAGCAUCCCGUGAGUCAGGGAUUCCUCACACCACUCUACAAGAUCACAAAAAGAACAAAUAUGUCUUGGCCCCUCACCCCAACCUGGCAAUAACCACCGAGGAAGAGACCUCCCUAAUAUCUUAUGUCCUCUGGAUGGCCGACCAUGCGUUCCCUAUCAGCAGGACUGUGGUGAAGGCUCUGGCUGUGGCCAUCAUCAAGGAGAGUGGUCGUAGCACCGUCGUCAAUCUGGAAAGGGGACUGAGUGACAACUGGUGGUCUAGAUUCAGGGCUCGCCACCCUGAGCUGAGCGCCAGGGUGGCCGACCCGCUCCACCGGGCCAGGGUACAGGGAGCUACUCCUGCCGCCAUCAAGGGCUUCUUCGAUGUCUACGAGCCUAUCUUCGUCAGCCACGGCUUAGAACACAAGCCGCACCUCAUCUUCAACUGCGACGAGAUGGGGUUUUCGGACAAGCUCAAGUCCGGGGAGAAAGUUCUCUGUGGAAAAGGCAGGAAACACAUCUAUCAACAACAGAAGCAGCACACCACUAGGGAACAUAUUACCAUGCGCUGCUGUGUGAGUGCAGCUGGUGAGAGUAUCCCGCCUUUUGUAAUCUUCCACAAGUGCCUCCCCAGUACGGCCUAUGCCCUCGAGGGUCCACCGAAGGCCCUGUAUGCUGUGUCCCCUAAAGGCUACAUGGACGCAGAACUUUUCCUGAAGUGGCUGCUCUUUUUCGUGAAGCACGCCCCAAAGGAGAGGCCCCUGGUGCUCGUAGUGGACCAGCAUAAAACUCAUCUGUCCAGGGAGGUGGUCAAGUUUUGCCGGGAAAAUCAGGUGGAGGUGGUCUGUCUGCCGGCGAAUACCCACGUGUUGCAGCCAUUGGAAAUCAGCGUCUUUGGCCCGCUGAAGACUGUGUUCAGCAGGAAUGCUGCACGUCUAGGUCUGGUGCGGGGCGAUCUUGUCAUCGGCAAGAAGCACUUCUCCGCCAUGCUGCGAGAGGCCUAUCCCCAGGCGGUCACUAAGAAAACAUUAUGGCUGGCUGGUGAAGCUGGAGCCGACCACCCCGGACCCCAACGCAGCAACCUCAGAGGCCACUGCAGGAACCCCCGACCCCAAAGCAGCAGAGAGCCCAGCAACGACCACAUGUCUUGUCCCGGGUGGCUGCUGUUCGACCUGCGGGCAGCGUGCCCCUCCCACAAACCCUUUGGUGGCCGCAGGACUCGUCUCUCCAGACCCGGCCAAUGUCCUGGUGCCCCCAGUCUUCCAGACAUCUAA